AGUGCGUAACCACUGGCCGUCAAUAAAAACCCGCCGGACCGUAUACCGCAGUGGAGUGGUUUUACAGUGGGUCAUGUAUGGUGAAACGGAGCGGCCGCGCCGGCCGCCCAGCUGGUCACUACACUGAGCCAGUGGCGACCGUGAGCGCGGCAUGAGAUCCAGCGCCGCCUGUUCAUGCUGAUUUCAUUGGUGGAAGAAGCAACGGAUACGGUUUUUAUCCAUUCAGAGGAGGACGCUCAAAUUCACAUUUCACAAUAGAAAAGAACAUGUUAAACGAGCACGUUACGAUUAACAUGCCAGUUGACAUUGGUUAUGGCACUGCAGUCGGCAGUGCUUGAUUGAAGCCUUUCGGAACGCAUCGAAUCGCCUGUCUUCUUCGUUUCCACUUUCCUCCACCACCCAUGACCACUUACUUAUGCGAGUGCCGGUCGCUAUCGCCUCCAUCGGACGUCCCUUCCCUUCUUCACGCCCUAUAGCCUCCCGUGUCGUCCCGUCGCGACUGCGUUCCAGUGUGAUUGGCCAACUCCGGCUGUCGGCUCACCGACUGGUCGGCAGGUCAGCCCCGCAGGUCAGUUGCUGCCUGUCGGCCGGGUGAAGUGAAGGGCCAACGAGCUUAGUGAAACGUCUGGAGUGUGGGAUAAGAGACUGUCGGAUAGACUUUCAGAGACUGUUGGUGUCGUUCAGCGACGUUCAGAGAUUUUUAGACGUGGACAAGAGUGGAUUGAGAGCGUCAGCGCUGGCCAUGACGGAGAUAACGUAGCACCGAGACAGUGAAGAGACAGAAGAGAGUGUCGAAACGGUUUGAGGCAGUGACGAUAUGUGUGUGGACUGUGAAUAGUGGAUAGUGACUAGACAGUGGCUAACUUGCGUCAAGACCGGGCCAAAUCAGUGUCGUGACAGUGAUUGCUUUUUACAAAUAACUACGGCACCAAGAGACGCGGUAAUGUCUGGGCAUCGUGCAUUGCUGCACACGACAGUCGGUGUAGCUCCUGCAGUGCUGAAGCCCGUCUUACAAAAACGCCGUUAGCGGGUCCCAGAUCACUUCAGUCUUCAGCUGAAGUAGGUAUGGGAAGCUAUUUCGUCAAAAUCAUCAUCAGAAUAGCGAAAUGGAUUGUAAAGAAGUUACUGGUGAUCGCUUUGUUUGUGCCGGUCGAGAAUCCAAACCACAUCAUCUACGACAAGCAACUGUUAGAGGAGUACGACUUUAUCGUAGUGGGCAGCGGCGCCGGCGGCUCGCCGCUGGCCUCCCGCCUUUCGGAGGAUCACCACCACUCUGUCCUGCUGCUGGAAGCCGGGGGCGCCGGCUCCGGAUUCGCUGACUGGCCCCUCUUCACGACACUCAUCUAUAACGUUAGGAAGUACGACUGGACCUUCCACAACGUCCGAGACGAGGGCUACUGCAUCGGAUACAAGAAACAGCAAUGCACGCUGAACCGCGGUAAGAUGCUGGGCGGCAGCACGGGCAUCAACGGCAUGAUGUACGUUCGAGGCAACAAGAACGACUACGACCAGUGGGAGCGGCUGGGAAACCCCGGCUGGGGCUUCCGGGACGUCCUGCCCUACUUCAUACGCUCCGAGGACAACCAGGACCCGUACCUCCGCCAGAGCCCCUACCAUGGCGUGGGCGGGUACCUGCCCGUCUCCUCCGCCCGCUACCUGUCCGGCCUGGCCGGAAUUUGGAUACAGGCCGCCCGACACCUGGGCUUCGAGAUCGGCGACAUCAACGGCGACCGUCAGAUCAGGUUUAUGAACAGCCAGUCGACCACCAAGCUCGGCGAGCGGUGGUCGGCGGCGCGCGCCUUCCUGCGGGCGGCCUCGCGCCGACCCAACCUCAACAUCCUGAUCCACAGCCACGUGACACGCGUCAUCAUCGACCCGGUCAGCCGGCGGGCGCGCGGUGUCGUCUUCUACAAGAACCGACGGCGUCACGUGGUCUGGGCGCGCAAAGAGGUCAUCCUCAGCGCCGGCGCGUUCGCGUCGCCGCAGCUGCUCAAACUGUCCGGCGUCGGGCCCUGCGCGGAACUGCGGAAACACGGGAUCCCUUGCAUUCACGACCUGCCCGGAGUCGGUGAGAACAUGCAGAGCCACUUCGGCAUCGGAGGAAUCGACUUCCUAACUAAGAAAAAGCCCGGCCUGACGCUGGCACAUUUCAUCAACCUGAAAUCGCUGCACAAUUAUGUGAAGCACAGAACUGGUCCUCUGGCGUCGUACCUGCUGCUGGAAGGCACCGGGUUCGCGCACUCGGGCGUGGACAACACGUCCGUCAGCUCAGACUGGCCGGACCUGCAGUUUCUGUUCUACCCGCUCCACCUGGCCACCGACGGCGGCCUCCUCUUCAGGAUCAUCCUCGGCAUGUCGGAAAAGCUAUGGAUAAAGCGGUUCAAGCCAGCCAAGUUCAAGCCGGGUUACCGGAUUGUUCCGGUGAUGCUGCACCCGCGGAGCCGCGGCCGGGUGGUGCUGCGCUCGCGGAACCCCUGGCAGCACCCGGACAUCUUCCUGAACCUGUUCGACGACCCGCGCGACCUGGCCGUGCUGCGCGAGGGCGGUCGGCUGGCCGAGCGGCUCGGUCUAUCCGCUCCGUUCCGCCGAGUGGGCGGCCGCCUGCAGCCGGCCCCCAACCCCUACUGCCACCUGCACCCGCGCGGCGGGCCCGACUGGUGGGACUGCUCCAUCCGCGUGUUCGCGGAGACCAUCUGGCACGAGACGAGCACGUGCGCCAUGGGGCCGGCCUCCGACCCGGCCGCCGUGGUGGACAACCAGCUGAGGGUGUACGGGAUCUCUGGCCUGCGCGUGGUGGAUGCCUCCGUGAUGCCGCGCAUCACCUCCGGCAACACCAUGGCGCCGACCAUCAUGAUCGGGGAGAAGGCGGCCGACCUGAUCCGCGCCCACUGGCACGCGGUCAGCCUUGGCCGGGACCCGGAGCACUUUGUGGAGAGUUACGCGCUCCAUCCGCACCGGCACGGCCUCUACACACCGCAGGGCGCGCACCUAGACACGGAGGAGGUCCUCGCAGACGACUGGUGGGAGCGGAAAGGCAGCUUCGAGACAGUGCAGCAGGAGGCCGCUGUAUCAGAAACGUCAUGGGAUGUAUAUGGUCCAUCAGAAAUGUCCCAGGAUAAGAACAUACCCUCAGCAGUUACUUUAGAACAGGAAGGUGCCUUCACAGCAGCGACUCUGGAGCAGGAGGGUGCUCUGUCAGAUUUGUCUCAGGAAAAUGCCUUCUCAGCAGCACACCCGAAGCAGGAGGAAGCUCCCUCAGGAGCAGCCUUAGGACAGGAGGUCGAUCCAUCAACGACCUUCACCAAUCAGGAGGCUGUUCUUCUGGCGGCGUCUCAGGAUCAAGAGGACGCUCUUCCAGCGGUACCUCAAGAGCAGGGUGGCACUCAUCUAAGUGCGGAGAUGGUGUCUGGAGAGGAACGCCAACAGCAGCUACAGCCACAGCAGCAGCUACAGAAGCUAGACUGGCUGCACGGUCAGCCAUACGAUCAUCUUUCAGAGAACCCACCGGACGAGGACCAGGAUGAGCAGAAGCUGAGGCAGAUUGAGCGACUGCUGCAGCUGGACGUGAGAGAGGAAGAUGUACGACAAACCGAGUUUGGGCGACUGGGUGCGGUCAUAGACCGGCUUCACCAGCGACUGGAGGCACUGCAAGGGUAGGGCUGUGUUGGUCCACCAGAGAUUAGACGCGCGGCAGACAAACGAUAAGGGUGAUCAGACCAGAACGAGCAGCCGAAAUGCAUAUUGUAAAACGGUGCCCGAAAAUUGUGACUUUAUUCGCAUCCGAAAGUGUCCAUCCAGUGGCAACCAAUCGCGCUGCGGCCCGGGUGCACCCGCAUUUGUGGUAUAGUAUAGUGGAAUCGAUAUAUCUAUUAUCUAAAUGAUCAUGACUUAUGAAUGAAUAAUACAUAUAACUGCGGCGCCCAGAUACGCCAAUUAU